AUGCGUAUUCACGGCCUGCUGUUCUUGGUCUUCUUCGUUGUAAACGGCGUCCUGACUCACGUCGCCGCCCUCGAUCCGAGCGACGCCCGUCGUCCCGAAACCUCUGCGCCCACGGCGGGGGAAUCGUCGAAGAUCGACGAUGCAGCUGUCUACACACGUGCGCUGAAGGACCGGAGCAAGGAGGCUAGAGGCCCUCUGCUUGACAGAAUAUUUGGACCGCUAAGUCGAGGAAUCGAAAAGCUGCUGCGCUUUAUCCGCUUAUUCCGAUCUCGUCGUCCUCAAAAACAGCCUGUCAAGCCGACCGAAGCCCAUGGCAGACCGCUUGUCAAGCCAAACGCAGACCAUACGCCUGACGAUGAAAUUACGAAGUUGCUGAAGCUGGGGACGAGUCCAGAAAAGGCGUUAGAGACGCUUCAUUCCAGGAAAGAUGGAAUCUUCAAGUGGUUUGAAUACCUCGCGAAUUAUCGAGUGAAUUACUACAAGGACUUUCCCAUGAACAAAGCGGCACAACUUCUGAAGUAUCCUAUCGUGAAAGAUGAGGCGGCAUUAGCAGAAACCUUUGCCAGGAUGAUGAAUCGUCCUGCAUUGAAACGCUAUGCUGAACCGGUGCAGCCUCUUCGCUUUCAGAAUAUGCUCGUGGCCAACGAACGUCUGCUUCUCCGAGACUUUCAACGUAUCUUUCUUCCCUCUGGUGGUUCAAUCGCCGCUUUACCGAAAGGUGAUCCUGUCCAUCGCGCCUACAAAGCCUUUACCUUAGAAUUUGCUGAUGUUCGAGGCCCUUUUAAACGGAAGGACUUGCAGUCCCUCUAUUCCAAGAACGAUGACGCUAAGGCGGCUAUUCUUUUGGCCAAAAUCGAGCAAGGACAUCUCCAAAACCUCGGCAAAAACAAAAAAAGUUGUAAAGGUUAG